AUGCAUCGAAGCUUGAAAUUUUUGAGCUACAGAGGACUCAGAAGCAGUACCACAAUUUUUUCGAAAACAAACCAACAUCCCAUAUUUCCCAUUCCUCAGUGGAAUAACAAUCUCAGCUGUAAAAAUAGUAAUGGGUUUGUUUUGUUUAGAGCAUUAUUUACGCAAAGCAGUUCUGCUACAUAUUCUAGUCGAAUGCCUGACCCGAAUGACCCGGCCACCUUGAUGAAGGAGGAUGGAGUUGCAGUUUGUUCCCAAAUGUGGAUUGAAAAUUUCCGAGAACCCGAAAAAACUGUUACCAAUUUGACCAAUUAUUUGAGAAGAUUUGAGUUGUGGGUAUUUGCUUAUCAGAAAGUAUGUGCUGACGAAACAGGUGCUUACAUGCCUCGCAGUGCCAUUACGCGCUCUGCCCUUGAGGACUUGCUGGGGUUGCGCAAUGCAGUCCUUGAUAAUAGGUUUAAGUGGGGAGCUAGGUUACAAUUUUUCAUUAGGUCUCCCAAAGACAAGACAGAUUACGAGUCCUUGUCGAAGAGGAAAAUUAGAGCGAUUUUGACGACGACUCAGCCAGCUGCGUUUCAGGAUAGAAUUGUUCAGGAGGUGUUGUUUUUGAUUUUGGAGCCAGUUUAUGAGGCGAGGUUUUCACAGAGGUCGUUUGCAUUUAGGCCAGGGAGGAAUGCCCAUACAGUGCUGAGGGUAAUUAGGAGGAGUUUUGCAGGCUACUUGUGGUAUAUAAAGGGUGAUUUGAGUGCCAUGUUGGAUGGAAUGAAGGUUGGGAUGGUUAUAAGUUCUCUGAUGAGGGAUGUUAGGGAUAAGAAGGUGAUUGAUUUGAUAAAGGCAGCACUGACGACGCCGGUUAUCACGAGUAAGGUUGAUGACGGAGAGAAGAAAAAGAAGAAAAGAAAGUAUCAGAAGAAAAGAGUAUUGGCAGAAGAUGAGCCAAAGCCUGAUCCAUAUUGGCUAGAGAGCUUUUUCGGGUUUGCACCUGAGGAGGCUGAGAUGCUUCCUUCAUGGGGUCAUUGUGGAAUCCUUAGUCCUCUUUUGGCUAACAUAUGUCUUGAUGAAUUGGACCACUGGAUGGAAGAUAAAAUUAAGGAAUUCUAUCGGCCUUCGAAGAAUGAUGUGAUAUGGAACAGUUCUGAUGGGGAUGCGGAACAAGGAAAUACAUCUUGGCCGGAAUUUGUUCCAACUAGUGGCCCAGAUAAGACCAGGAAGAUUGAUUAUAUCCGUUAUGGUGGUCAUGUUUUGAUUGGAGUUAGGGGACCAAGGGCAGAUGCAGCAACGCUGAGAAAGCAGUUGAUAGAAUUCUGUGACCAGAAGUAUAUGUUAAAACUUGAUAAUGAAAGCCUUCCCAUUGAACACAUAACUAAGGGCAUCAUGUUUCUUGACCAUGUAUUAUGCCGUAGAGUAGUGUAUCCUACUCUGCGGUAUACUGCUACUGGUGGAAAAAUUAUUAGUGAAAAGGGCGUGGGCACGUUGCUGUCAGUCACGGCUAGCUUGAAACAAUGCAUCAAACAGUUUCGAAAGUUGAGCUUUCUAAAGGGAGAUAGGGAUCCAGAUCCACAACCUUGUUUUAGAAUGUUUCAUGCUACCCAAGCUCAUACGAAUUCUCAAAUGAAUAAGUUCUUGUCAGUAAUGGUUGAGUGGUAUCGAUAUGCUGACAACAGGAAGAAAAUCGUUAACUUCUGUUCCUACAUAAUUAGAGGUUCACUUGCAAAGCUGUAUGCUGCAAAGUACAAGCUAAGAUCACGAGCAAAGGUUUACAAGAUUGGUUCUCGGAAUUUAAGUCGCCCUCUAAAGGAAAAGAAAGGGCAGUCACCUGAGUAUCAUAAUUUGUUACGAAUGGGUCUUGUCGAAUCAAUUGACGGACUACAGUAUACUAGAAUGUCUCUUGUACCCGAGACUGACUACACACCUUUUCCAGUUGGUUGGAGACCAGAUCAUGAGAAAGCGUUGCUUGAAUAUUUAAGGCUGGAUGACCCAAAAACUCUCGAGGAGCAGCGGAGUUGCCUUAGAGAUCAAGGUCUGAUUUCACCUCAGGAUUAUGUUUCAAUGCUCGUUUGGAAUUACAAAAGGAAUGCUGUUGCAGUUGAUCAGCUUUCCUCUCUGUUAACUGGUGAGAAUACGCAGAGUAGCAUAAAGAGAGGAGCAGAAUUUUUUUCAACAUCAAAUGACGAAAACAGCUAUAAGAAAAAUACAAAAGAAGAAGACAACGAAGAAAGGAUUUUUGUGGCACGGAUGUAA